AUGCCUAGAUCUUCUCGUACAGGUGAACUGCAAUAUAAUCCUGAGAUAGAGAAGACUGCUCGUGCAUUGAGAAAAGCAACAAGAGAACGAGUAGAGGCAUCCUCCUCAUCUACUGGACAUAAUUCAGUAGUAGAUUUUGUGGAUUCAUUUAGUGAGACGGAAGAGAUAAAUAGCAGCAUGGCUAAUGAACGGACAUUGAGAGAAUUGGCUGCACCAGAUUUAAAUCAACAGCCUCUAUGCAUUACUUAUCCUAUAUUAGAUGUUGAAUUUGAGUUGAAAUCUGGACUAAUCCAUUUACUUCCUUCUUUUCAUGGCUUAUCAGGUGAAGAUCUCCACAAGCAUCUCAAAGAAUUCUAUGUGGUUUGCUCGACAAUGAAACCCCAGGGAGUCACAGAGGAGCAAAUUAAAUUAAGAGUCUUUCCAUUUUCCUUAGCCGAUAAAGCUAAGGAUUGGCUCUAUUAUCUGCCCUCUGGGUCAAUAUCCACAUGGACAGACAUGAAGAAGCAUUUCCUAGAAAAAUUCUUUCCUGCAUCCCGAGCUGCAAGCAUUAAGAAAGACAUCUGUGAAAUUCGACAAUUCAAUGGAGAGACUCUACAUGAAUAUUGGGAAAGAUUCAAAGGCAAGAAGUCUGCAAAUGCUCAACAAUUUGGAGACAGGCAGGAUAACACAACUCGUAGAGUCAAUGAGUUAGCUAUAGGACAAACGCAGCAAUUGAAAACAUGUGGAAUCUGCUAUGGUUCGAGUCAUCCAACAGAUAUGUGCCCCACACUCCAAGAUGAUUCGACUGAGCAGGCUAAUGCAGUUGGAUUUCCAGGACCACCUCAGAGGCGGUAUGAUCCCUAUGCAAACACCUAUAAUCCAGGAUGGAGGGAUCAUCCUAAUUUUAGUUAUGCAGCAAGGCCACCAGGAUUUCCACAACAGCCACAAUAUCAACCUAGACCUCAACUUUCACAGCAACAAUCUGCUCCUAAAUCAGUCAAUAGAUUGGAGUCCCAAUUAUCUGGAAAGCUACCCUCGCAGACAAUUGUUAACCCCAAGAAAAAUGCUAGUGCCAUCACAUUAAAAAGUGGCAAAGAGUUACCUAAGCCGAGCAAGAGAAUUUCUGAACAAGCAAUCGAGGAAGAGCUCGAAAAAGAGGGAAAUGUGUCUCAACCUAGGGCCUUGGAACAACCAGAUUUUGGAGAAAAAUCAACACAAGUGGUUACACCUCCGCCUCCAUUUCCUAGUCGACUGGCAAAGUCCAAAAAACAAGAGCAAGAAUAG